CCCUCUUAGCAAAUAACAAAUAUUUCUCUACAAAAAUAACUUUGGCGCUCUACUGUCUUAUAAUGGCGCUUUUCUCCAAUUGAAAAAUAAUUUAGGGUUCUUCACUACUUCUUCUCUCUCUUCAACCUCGUAAAUUUCCCCCUUUUUCCGAUUUAAUUCUCUCUCCUAGGGUUUUCAGAUCGUAGUUUCAAUGGCGAUAAAUCUAACAGAAGGAGCAAUCGAAGCGAUGUGCAAUGGCGAUACUGACCUGAAACCAGUGCUUCAAGUUGCUGAUAUUCGUCUAGUUAACACUCAAAACCCUAGCAGUGCGACCGAGAGAUACCGGCUUUUGUUAUCUGACGGUCUGCAUUUACAACAGGGGAUGCUCGCAACUCAGCGUAAUGAACUUGUUAAAUCUGGUGCGUUGCAGAAGGGUUCCAUCAUUCGUUUGAUGCAAGCCGUUUGUAAUGUCAUUCAAGGCCGCACAAUUAUAAUUAUGAUUGAGCUUGAAGUGAUACAAGAGACAUGCCCUACAAUUGGAGAACCAAAGCAAUAUGUGACUGGUGGUGCUAGAUCUGCUGCUCAAGUGCCCUCUUCUCUGGGUCAAAGUGGGAUAGUUCCUGGCAAUGCUCAGCCCGCAAAUCCUCAUCCACCACCUGCUCCAAGACCUAGUGGUGUAGGGAGUGUUCUACCGCAACGUGCUGCUCAAAUUCAGUCUUAUGGUGGUUCUGCUAGCAAUUCAGUCGCAGGACAUUACAAUACGACUAAUGGAUCUACUUUGCACCCUAAACCAGAAUUUGCUGUUGGUAACUCUGCAAAUGCUGCUGCGGCCAGUCCAUAUGGAGCAUUCAAUAAUGCAAAGACGGACUACUCUUGUGUUCCUCCAAAUGCUUAUGCACGCAAUCAGCAACCUGCCUAUCAGCAGCCUCCUUCAAUGUACAUGAAUAGAGGUCCUAUUGCUAAGAAUGAUGGCCCUCCAAGAAUUGUUCCAAUUGCUGCUUUGAAUCCCUACCAAGGUCGAUGGACAAUCAAGGCAAGAGUAACAUCAAAGAGUGACCUUAGGCACUAUAGCAAUCCACGUGGGGACGGGAAAGUAUUUUCCUUCGAUCUUUUAGAUUCUGAUGGUGGGGAAAUUCGAGUAACCUGCUUUAAUGCUGUUGUUGAUCAGUUCUACAGCCUAAUUGAGGUUGGCAAAGUAUAUUUGAUAUCGAAAGGAACCUUGAAACUUGCUCAAAAGAAUUUCAAUCAUCUUCCUAAUGAUCAUGAGAUCUUCUUGGAUACCACAUCUGUUGUACAACCUUGUUUUGAAGAUGACAGCAAAAUUCCUAGGCAGCAAUUUCACUUCCAGCCUAUUAGUGACAUUGAGGGCUUAGAGAAUAAUGCUAUUGUGGAUGUGAUCGGUGUAGUCUCUUCAAUCAGUCCGUCAUCCUCAAUUAUGAGGAAAAAUGGAACUGAAACUCAGAAAAGGAGUCUUCAAUUGAAGGAUAUGUCUGGGAGAAGUGUUGAAUUUACCUUGUGGGGAAAUUAUUGUAAUACAGAAGGACAGACCUUGCAGAAUAUGUGCGACAGUGGAAACUUUCCUGUUUUAGCUGUCAAAUCAGCUAGAGUAUCUGAAUUCAAUGGGAAGAAUGUGGGAACUUUUUUCACAAGUCAGCUAUUUAUAGAACCCGAUUUCCCAGAGGCUCAGAGGUUAAAGGAAUGGUUUGACAGGGAAGGAAAGAACAUGCCUUCUGUUUCCAUUUCAAGAGAGACGACAAGUUUGGCAAGGACCGAUGCUCGUAAGACUAUAUCACAAAUUAAAGAUGAGAAGUUGGGAACCUCUGAGAAGCCUGAUUGGAUUACAGUUUGUGCCACCAUAUCUUUUAUUAAGGUGGACUCCUUCUGCUACACAGCAUGCCCGAUUUUGGUCGGGGAUCGUCCAUGCAGCAAAAAAGUUACAAACAAUGGAGAUGGGAAGUGGCGGUGUGAUAAAUGUGAUCAGUCUGUUGAUGAAUGCGAGUAUAGAUACGUUCUUCAGAUUCAAAUUCAGGAUCAUACUGCUGUAACCUGGGCAACGGCAUUUCAAGAAGUUGGUGAAGAGAUUAUGGGCAUCUCUGCUAAAAAUUUGUACUAUUUAAAAAAUGAAGAACAAGAUGAAGAGAAGUUUAUGGAAAUUGCUCGUGCAGCCAUUUUCAAUAAAUACAUAUUCAAGUUGAAAGUUAAGGAAGAGACUUUCAGUGAUGAGCAGCGAGUUAAGUCAACAGUGGUGAAAUCAGAGAGGGUAAACUUUACAGCUGAAUCCAGGUUUCUUUUGGAAUCAAUGGACAAACUCAAGGUAGGUGAUCCUGGCUCCCUAGCUGCAAAACCAGAAAAUCCCAAUAUUGGAAUAGGUAGAUCAGGAGUUAGUCAUGUUGGAAUCAGUCAGCCUGCAUCAGGUGUAAGCUAUGGAACAAAUUCGGGAAUUCCUGGUAGAGAACCAGGCAAGUUUAAUAACAACACAAGCCAGUUUGGGAAUCAGUAUAGUGGUGGAUAUGUGGGCUCUUCUGCUUCAGGAAUGCCUGUGACUUGUAGUAGCUGUGGUGGUACUGGUCAUAGUGCAACAAAUUGCCCAAGUAUCAUUAACGGUCCAGGAGGCUAUGUAAAUCAAACAGUAGCCGCUGGUAGUGGUAGCAAUUCCGGACAGUGCUAUAAAUGCCAAGAGUUUGGGCAUUUUGCAAGGGACUGUCCUGGAUUAAGUGCUGUUCCUCCAGCUUAUGGUGGUAGUAAUAUCGGUCCUGGUAGAUAUGGUGGUGGUCAAAGACAACAGGUCGGAGGCUUCUAAUCAUAAGAAAUUGAGACAAGUUUGUACAGAAGUGUUGACUCCAAAUUUUGGUUGAUACUCGAAUCCCCUCUGGGUUUGGCGGUGUUUUUGUGGUGUUUUUGACUGUGUGUACAGCAGUGCUCUGGCAUCUCUAAUAAAGUGUCACUUUGCCAUCUGAGCAAAAGGAGAUAAUGGCACAACAGAUACUCAGGCAUUUGCUAUUCUGUCGAUGUGAAUGUUCUCCUGUAACAUAGUUAAGCGUUUCCUUUUCUUGCAUUAUAUCUUAGUUUUGUAGUUUGCCUUGGUUUGUCAAUGGAUUCGAGUUCAUGUAAUUUAUUUCUACUAUCUGUUUUUUUGUAUGUACUAUAUGUAAUAUUCCCUUGUUGGAUUUGCUGUGCA